AUGGAGCACACUUACCGCAACAACGCCGGCCGCUUCCGCCUGGAGGCCGGUGUCCAGAAGUUUCUUCCGCCAACGGCUCCUCCUCCUGCGCUUAGUGCAAGUGCGAGUGUGUCUUCUCCUCCCUGCACUUCAUCCUCUCGCCGUCUUCCACAAUGGUUCUUUUCCGGCUCCGCAACCAUUGACUCCAGAGAACUCCUCCUUCGAAAAGUCACUCUUCAGGAAAGUUGUCCCAGCAUUCACCUUCUCUCCGGUGGCGGUCCGAGAAGUGUCGCCACUACGCCUGGUCCCUUAAAAAAGCCGCACAGCUCCUCCGCCCCCAACGAAGGUAUCACUGGUGCGGAAAGCGUCUUAUCUCCACCGACUCCUGUUUUGGGGAUGCUACGAAAAAGGAAUGUUGGCAGAAGACGACCCUCAUUGUCUGGUGGGGGACCUGUUCAUUUAGAGAAUCCCGAACGAGAAACAAGGUGGUAUUUCAAAUACUUCCUUGGAAAAGCACACAGGAUAUUCUGUGGCAAUAUAUCUGAGAAGGAUCCACUCCUUCUGGCGAUCGUCAAGUCGGAAUUUGAAGCUGAGGGCCUCCGUCAGUACCGUGCUAUAUUGUGGACGAAGUUUGGUAGUCAAAAACUGUGCAUUUCUAAUAGUUUCACAAACUCGGUUUCACCCAAGAAAAUCCUCUGUCUCUUUGAUAUCCACAGACUUGAGAAGGGCCUGAAAGAGAUCAUUCACUACGAAGCCCAGAGGGAAGCUCUUACCCUGGAGGAGCAGGAGUUUGGAGUCCUCUAUUGCAUGGAUGGACAAACAUCAGACGAAGAAAUGUACAAUAACGAGAAUGGAAGUCCGCAAUAUCAGGCCUUUUUGCGACUACUUGGUGACCGAAUAACACUCAAAAACUGGGACCGAUUCAAGGGCGGUCUUGAUACGAAAACUGAAACUACUGGCAUCGAAUCAGUGUACACUAUAUAUGAGGGUCAUGAAAUAAUGUUCCAUGUUUCUACCUUGCUUCCUAUUUCAACUGACAAUCGUCAGCAGGCAAACGGACCUUAUCGCAGAGCCUUUAGUGAAAUCGUCCAAGAUUCGGCUGAGGGUUCGCCAUCCACUAAAGACCAAAAUAGAAACGACGCGUUCAUUCGCUUUGGGCAGCCUUGGCAGCCCAGGCGAUUGCACAUGAAAAUGCACGGUGACAUCUCUUGCGGUGACGCCUGGGGCAAAGUCCUACUUACUUGUGUCGAUGGUGGAGUCUACGCUCUGGAAGAACAUCAGCAACCUCUCCUUCUCAUCGACAAAAGUGUUGAUGUGAAACAGCUGAAGGUAGCCGAAUCCUUUGGCAUUAUGAUUCUCCGCCACGACAAAGGUCGCGAAUCACGGAUAUCUGUGCUGCAAUUAAGUGAUUUACCCCUCGCAGAAGUUGUUGAUCGUGGUCUUGUAAAACGGCACACACUGGACCGAUCAAGAGGUUGUCACCUAUUCUCAACAAGUACCUCAGCAACGAGACCGCUACGUCUCGUAUUGGCAGUUGGUAGACGUCUUUUAAUCUACCAGUGGCAGGUGGAGAUUACUGGCCGAUCGUUGUCCUCGUGGAACCAAUUUACGUACUCCGAACUCACUGCCCGGUUUGUCUUUGUCCGUGAAGUCCCCACCAGCGAGGUCGUGCAGGUGCUGAGCAUCCUUGAUAGCAACAUGGGCGGUCGCAUUUGUGCAGGCUACCGGAACCAAUUUGACUUGCUUGAUGAACGCACUGGUGAGACGCUGCACCUCUAUAAAACAGAAAAUGGUAAAAGCCAAGCCGUUGCCGUUGUGGAGAUGCGUUCUGACGAUGAUUUGGAGCUUCUGCUUUGUUUUAAUCGCAACUGCUACUUACAAAGAAUCACAAAGAGGAAUUUACCGUUCCACGCUCACUCAGAUCUUUUCAAUGUCUGUUCAUCCCUCGAGGUGCUGGAGCACCAAAUUGUUGACGGAAAUAGCUCAACCUCUCCGCUGAUAAAGCCUUGUUUGACAAGCAAUCGUAUUCAAACAACUGCUACAACGGAUUAUAACUUUUCGUGGAACUUCGAGCCAAAGCAUAUUGUCCUCGCACACCCCUACAUCCUUGCAUUUACCGAAAGUGCUAUCGAGUUUCGCCUACUUCUGAACGGAAGCCUUGUGCACACAAUGACUGUUCCAAACUGUAUCCUGCUCUCGUCGAAACAUGAUAUUUAUUUCGCGUCGAGCUCGGAAGCAUUACACCAAAGCGUCCUUUCCAGUAGUAUCUGUCGCCCACCACCAUUAAUGCUGCUACAGACGCCUGAAAUCCCACAACCUGCACGACAUGUCCGUCUCAGCCAACGGAUCGGAAGUCCCCAUUUGCAUGAAAGAUCCAGCUCUGGUGAUAGUUCACUUGAAUAUUCGGGUGUAGUCGCUGCUACGCGCACUCCACCGCAAGGAGGCUCUCAGGACACGAGUAAUCCACCAUCAACCUGUCUGGCAAUGGGCUCUUCAGAAGGCGGGGGAAGUCAGCACCAUGCCAUUCGCUACAUCUACUGCAUUCCCCUACAGACGCUUACGGGUCGUCACUACGACGGUAGCCCCGACAGAAGUAGCUGUGAAUCCCCAAAUCCCAUAAGAGUGCUCGAGAAAAUACGGGAUAUUCGCGAUAACCCAGACACGCUGCAGUUCUUCCCGAUUUCGCCUUCCUAA